AUGACCAACGCAAUCUCCCCGGCCACAGUGGCCCGCGUGCCCAUCCCCGCCAACGGCGUCGACUACCGCAACAAGAUCGUCCUAGCACCUAUGGUGCGCUCCGGCGAACUCCCCUCGCGCCUCCUCGCCCUAAAAUACGGCGCAGACCUAGUCUGGGGUCCAGAGACAAUCGACCGGUCCCUAAUCGGCGCCGAGAGACGCAUCAACCCUCGCAACGGGACGAUCGAAUUCACGCGCAUGCCAUCAAACGGUGGCCGCCCAGACAAACCAACCAAAGCCUCAAUAAUUUACCGCAUCGAUCGAGCCCGCGAAUCCGGCCGUCUAAUCUUCCAAAUGGGAACCGCAAACCCAGACCUAGCCGUCCAAGCUGCCCGCGUUGUGGCUGCUGACGUCGACGGCAUAGACGUCAACUCGGGCUGUCCCAAACCAUUUAGCACAUCCGGCGGCAUGGGCGCCGCCCUCCUCCGCACGCCGGACCUCCUCGUCUCGAUCCUCGAAGCCCUCGUCAAGGAAGUAGGCGAGCCCUUUAAAAUCGGCAUCUCAGUUAAAAUUCGCAUCCUCUCCGAACCUGACGCAACCCGCGCUCUCGUCUCCCGUCUCGUUAGAACUGGCAUCACAGGUCUGACUGUCCACUGCCGUACAACACCAAUGCGACCCCGCGAGCGCGCAAUCCGCGAUCAACUCCGCAUGGUAGCGGAAAUCUGCCACGAAGCCGGCGUGGCAUGUGUCAUGAAUGGCGACGUCACGUCGCGCGAUGAGGGACUCGCGCUUAUGACCGAGUACGGCGUUGACGGAGCGAUGAUUGCUACAUCAGCCGAGACGAAUUCGUCUUGUUUCCGUGCUGAGGCGGAUGGCGGUGUUGCGCCCUGGAGAGAGGUCGUCUAUGAGUAUCUCAAGUUCUGUUUGGAGGUUGAGAACCGGCUUGGGAAUACGAAGUAUCUUAUGAAUAUGUUGAUUCCUGGGAAGAAUAAGGAAUUCAAGGAGGCUAAGCAGUGCAAGACUUAUCUUGAUAUCUGUCGGAAUUUGGGUUUCGAUGAUUUGGUUCCAGCUGCUAUGCGUGUUGAUGAGAUUCUGGAUCUCUCGCAGAAGUGGGAGUCUGUGCCUGCCUCUGCCCCUGCCUCUGCGCAUGUGAAUGCUGAGGCCCCUGAGGGGAAGUCCAAGGCGGUGCAACAGGCUAUGGAGUCGGAGGCUGCUCGCGCUGCUGGUUGUGGUGCUGCUCGGUCAAAGGCUGCCCCGGCUGUGCCUAAUGGCUGUGGUCCUAUUCGUAGGACUUCUGUGCCAGAGCAAAAGGCCAAGGUUGAUGCUGCGCAGCCGGCUGCUGAUGCCACUGUUCCUCCGGUGGAGGCUCAGACUCAGGCUCAAAGUCAGCCCCAGGUGACCGUUUAA